AACUUGUCAAAGUCAGUCUGUAAAUCAAUAGAGAAAGUUGAUUCCUUGUUACAUUUCGGACAAGAUAAUACAAUUUAUUGUAAUAUAAUCAUGAUAAUGAAAUUAAAUAUCAUAAUGGUUUACUCAUUAAUAAUGAUUACCAGUUCAACCAAAAUAGGUUUAAUUGUGAACCCAAAUGAUCGGCUAAUUGUUUCAAUUGUUGAACAAGCUUUGAUUGAUUAUAAAACGAUUGAACCAAAUGAGGUUUCCUUGGUUGUGAUGAAAGAUGAUUAUCCAUGUGACCAGCAAUUUGAUUUAAUUUUUGACUAUUCAAUUAACAACAACAUCAACUUGAACAAUACCCAAACCAAAUUGGUGUCAAUUAAUGAUCAACAAAUUAGUUCAUCAUGUUCAAAUAAUACACUAAUUGUUCGCUCACCAAACUACAUUUUAGUUCGUUCAGUUGAGACUCUCGUCAAUCAAUACAACUUGGAUAAUGUUUACAUCUUUUGUGACUCUAAAUUGGAAUUGAAGGUUAAUCAGUUUGAAUUGUUUGAUUCAACAUCAGUUAAAUUGAUUUGGAAUCAGUUUGAUGUAAAUUCUGACGAAAAUUUGGUCAAUUUAUUGAAUAAUGUAAAGCUAAGUAACUUCACUAAUAUUCUGGUUAUUGGUGAACCAGUUUCCAUCAAUAAACUGUUGGACAUUAUUCAAAGAUUUGGUUUAUUUAGACAACCUUAUACUUGGUUUACUUUAACAAAGAGCUUGAACAAGGUAAAGUGUACUUCAUGUAAACAUGGACAAAUGAUCAACAUUGAACCCACUCAGUCAAUGCUUCACGAGUACUCGUACAAACCCAAUUUAACCAGUCUGGUUGAACCAGAAAAUUCAAUUGAUGUCUAUUUCUAUUAUGAUUUAACUCGCUUGAUAUUGCAUUCGCUUGAUUGGCACAAACAAACUGUUGAACAAUUUAUCCAUUUUAAUGGAUCAACAUUUAUAAAUGAUUCAAAGUCAUCAUUUGUCAACUCGAUACAUUCAUUAAUUCAAUCUUGCAAUUACAUGGGGCGUUAUGGUGAUUGGAUAAUGAACAACAUUGAAAUGGAUAAUCAAUUAGAAGGCAAUUUGAGAUGCAAUAUUAUGUACCAAUCGUUAUCAAUGAAACUCACCAAGAAGACUAAAUUAUUCAAUAAAUACGAAUCGAAAGUAAUUGGUUACAUGGAUAUGAGUCAAUCGAAGGGAAAUGUCUAUUUUACUUCACCAAUAUUGGAAUCAAAAGAACCUUUUUUAAGAGUUGUAACAAUUCUGCAACCUCCAUUCGUAAUGAAAAAGUUAACCAAUUCAAGUAACAACGACGCCUAUUAUGGAUUUUAUAUCGACAUCUUUAAUCAUCUUAAAAAUCGUUAUGGCUUCAAGUUUCCCGUUUACCAGAUAACCGAAGUUCCUGAUGGUUUGUAUGGCAUUGCUCAGUCGGAUGAAGAUUCUCCUGAGAUCACAUGGACUGGUGCAGCUCAACAAUUUGCAUCUAAUGAAGCUGAUUUCGGUUUGAUUGGAAUGGCAGUCACUUCUGGUCGUGAAUCAAUCAUGGACUUUACCGAACCCAUAUUUGAUAUGGUUGGACUUUCAGUAAUGAUGAAAAGACCUUCCGCACAGGAUUUCACGUUUGUCUUUAUCAAUGUGUUGGAAACUGAUGUUUGGUAUUCCGUUUUCAUCUCUUACUUUGUAACCUCCAUAAUCAUGUCAAUAUUUGAUUUUUACAAUCCAAAGAGAAGAAAAUUGCAGGCAAAAGCAAAAGAUGAGAAAAGGAUGAAGCCUGAUGAGAGGAAAAACACAGUUGGCAAGCACUUUAGCAAGAUCCGUGAACUCAAGGACCAUGAAGAUGAUAACGAGACAAUCGAAGAAAGUCAACACUUAGACAGUGAAAUUAUUAUUGAUCAAGAAACUGAUAAUGUUGAUGAUAACGAAAAAGGUUGCUCUACAAAUGACAAAAGAUUCAACCUAAAAGAGUCAUUCUGGUUUUGCCUAAUAUCAUUAACUCCUCAAGGCGGAGGUGAAGCACCUUCAGGUCUAUCAGGUCGUCUCUUGGCUGCUACUUGGUGGCUCUUUGGCUUCAUCUUGGUUGCUUCUUACACGGCCAAUUUAGCCGCUUUCCUGACUGUCUCCAGAUUGGACAAAAACAUUGACACUUUUGCUCAAAUGUCGAAACAGUACAAGGUUAGAUACACUGGAAUCAAAGAUACCUUUACUGAUGAAUAUUUCAGGUUGCUUGCUGAAAAUGAGGAUCGAUAUUACGAAAUUUGGAAAGCAUUAUCGUUGGAUGACUCGAUUAGUGAAUACGAAAGGUCACAAUUUGCUGUCUGGGAUUACCCAGUCAGCGAUCGUUAUACCAAAGUUCGAGCUCAAAUGGAUGAAAUUCCAAUACCGAAAAGCUUUGAAUCUGCACUGCGAACAGUUAGAAGUUCAGAAAGCUCCAAGGAAGGUUAUGCUCUUAUUGGUGAAAGACUCUCAAUGGAAUGGGCUGAAUCAUUAUACUGUGACAUAAGAGUUCUUGACUCAACCUGGGCUCAUCAUCCAAUUGCCUUUCCAAUUUCAUUCAAUGAUCCCUUUAAUUUGAAACCUUUUCUCGAUGAGUCCAUCAAAGAGAUGAAACGUUCUGGUGAAUUGGAUAAAUUGAAACUCAAAUAUUGGGGCAAUCACAAGUCAAAGUUGAACUGCCCUGAAUGGAGGAACCCAAAUGGUAUCGAUGUGAAAAACAUUCGUGGAUGUUUCAUUAUCCUUUCAGUUGGACUUUUCUUCACUGCUUUUGUCCAUGCAAUUGAAAAUGCGCUCAUUGCCUUUGUUGCGAAAAGAUCACUUUAUCCAAAGAGCAAAGCUCGCACUUCUUAUUCGGUCACCUUUUUAUCUUGGUUAAUCAAACCAACCGAAUCUGGUUGAUUUACUUGAACACAAAGCAAACCCAAAAAUUUAAAAGUUCAACAAGUGAAACCUAAAAAUGAAAAUCGAGAAUCGAAAAUUUCGAAGCUUUCAAAUUCUCAAUGUUGCAACAAAUAUUAAUCUGUAAAGGUCAACAAUUGGAAAAAAUUGGAUUGCGAAUAUUGAAUGGCAAGAAAUUUAAUAAAAGUUGUUUUUAAUAAAA